AUGGAAUUUACUUUAGAGGAUUUGGUUCUGAAAGAUGGAGCAAUGUACAGUGUCAAAGUUAUUUGUACAAACAACGCCCUGCUAUCGACACAUCACGAGUCCCCUGGUGUCAUCGUAGAUACAUCAGCACCAGUUAUGACACAGGUGCGCGUUGGUGUGGUCGGGAACGAUGAGUACGUGGAUGAGAAUGGAAAUAUCCUUCAUGUCGACCAUGCACCACUUCGAGUUUACUGGGCUGGCUUUGAUGCCAACAGUGGCAUUACCCAUUACUACAUUGGGGUAGGAACUGCAGCUGGAGACGUAUCUCUCACCAAUGGUGUACUGGACACAAAAGAUACAUCCAUUGUUCUUGAAAACGUGAACUUGGACGUUUUUGACCUAUCACAAAAAAUUUACUACGUAACAGUCUGGGCUAAAAACGGCGCGGGGUUAAUGUCCAGGUCAAUGUCAUCAAAACCUAUUAAAGUGGUUGAAGCAAACGUCCCAGGAAAUGUAAAUGAUGGUUUUAAAGGUUUCAGUGAUAGUGAUAUGGAGACAGACUUACGCUCAAUAGGCAUGUCCUUCAACGGUUUCCGAAGUGCUGCUUGCAACAUUGUGAGAUAUGAAUGGGCAGCUGGAUCAGAACCCUACUUUUCGGACAUUGUGCCAUUUUCAAAUUUUGGAAUUGUACUUCAAAAUCAAAGUUUUGGUCACGCACAGAUCAACAUUAAAUUGGAAGAGAACGUAUUAUAUUAUAUAACAGUACGUGCCACAACAGGACAUGGUUGUCAUGAGGAAUACAUUGUAUCUACAUCUGAUGGCUUUAAGAUCGACUCAACAGACCCGGUGAUAGUGGAGAUAGCCCCUCCAGAAAAUGAUACCAAUUACAUUCACCACGCUCAUAACUUGUUCCUGGGUAACGCUGAGUCUCCAGUAUUGUAUUGGGGAGUUCUUGAUUCGUCAGCUAUUACCUCUAUGAAAUGGGCAGCCGGGUCACUUCCGUAUAUGGACGACUUACAUGUGUUAUCAGAGACGCUGCAAUAUCGUUUACAGCUUGGGGAUUUAUCGGUAUCCAGUGGAGAAACUGUUUGGAUUUAUGUCAUCGCAGAGGAUGCUGCCGGAAAUACUGGACAUGCCUUAUCAUCGCCUAUCACAUCGGAUAUCACGGCGCCAUUAAUUAGUAGCCUUAGCUGUGAUCCUACUAUCUCAAUGAACAAUGGCGUUCUAUCUUGUUUUUGGCAUGGUGUAGAGGAAUUUGAAAGUAAAUUGAUGGACUUGGAGGUCGCAAUUGGAACGUCUGAAGAUGAUCAGGAUAUCCAACCUUAUACCUCAAUACACGUUGAAAGCCGGCAUUGGUCUAAAGACAUCAAAACUGAAAUCGGUAGUCUGGACCUGAACGAGAUUUAUGUAAGAUUUCGAGUUUCCAAUAUACUGAACUUUGUCCAGGACUACAGUGUAAAAGUUGACAUUGAUACAACUCCUCCUGUAGUUGAUUCUGUUGUCAUCACUACGACAAUGGACGCUACGCAUGAUGGACAGACGACUCCGAUAAAGUGCCAGAUACCAACAACAUAUGUAGAGGUAACCCUUGGUGCCAUAGAAGACACGGAAUCUCCGAUCACAAGGGUGGAGAUUUCCCUCGGAACUGAUGUUGGAGAAGAGGACAUUAUGCAAUAUAGAGACGUUGACAUUGAAUCUACUGUAACGCAUUUUACCUUUACCGGACUUUCUCUGGAACCCGGAACUGGUGUUUACGCAAAGACACGUAUUCAUAAUUCAGUAGGCCUGUACGCCACUGUUAUUUCAAACAAAGUACUGAUCAGUCAACCAGCCAACCUUGCUGUACAUGAUGGACUCUUGAGUAACGAUAGAGAUGUGCAAAAAGAGCUCCAUAUUUUGGACGGAGAAUGGUAUUACACGGGUCUCUGUGAAGUACGAGGGGUGGAAUGGUCCAUAUUUGACAGCACUGGCGACAUCUUACAACAUUUUCAACAACUUCCCGAUACCACAGGCAUGUUCUACAACGAUGAACUUUCUCUUUCUAAUGGGAUAACUUAUAUGAAUGUCAUCAAAGUAACGGAUUAUCUCAAUAGAACAACAGAGAAGACAUCAGAUGGUAUCACAGUUCGUAUACAGCCGCCAUCACCAGGUUAUGUUCGAGAUGGGUUGGGUGAAGACAUCAAUUAUCAGUUUGCAAAUGAGCACUUGUCAGGAAACUGGAAUGAAUUUGGGGAUGAAACUUCAUCAGAUCCGACACAGUUGAUUUCACAUUACGAGGCGGCCAUUGGAAACGAUGUGAGAUAUACCUCCUCGAUAGCAAAUGUACAUAAUUUUGUCUCCACUGGAUUAAAUAAAUUCAUAACAUUUAACUCGCUUGAUUUGACCAAAAGAACUGUCACAUACUACAUUACAGUAAGGGCAUAUAGCAUUUCCGGAAGUUACGAAGAAGCAUAUUCCAAUGGAAUAAAAGUUGGUUUUCAGGAAGGAAUACGCGGAGGAGUUGUAAAUAACUCCAGAUACCAACACGAGACAGACCGGCUUUCAUUUUUCUGGUCAGGAUUUGAAUCUGAUAUUGGACUGAGCACGUUUUUUGUUGGAAUUGUUUCUGGUGGUAUUUAUAUGGCAAAUAAAUCCUUUCCUCUGGAAGAGUUAACCCGUUUUGUAAACGAUUGCGAUGCUUUUCCCCUCACAAAUGUUAAUGCAGAUACGUUUUUUGACGCCGAAAAUCUUACACUGAUUCAUGGACAGACCUAUCAGCCUCUUGUUGUUGCCGCUGAUGAUGCAGGCGAAUGUAAAGCUGUAAUUGGUGAAAGGGUCAUGGUUGAUUCAACGCCGCCUUUUACAUCGGAAGCGACCCUGUUGAUCAAUGGAAGAGAAUCUAGUACAUUUACCUACAUCAACAGCUCCGAUACAGUAAUUGUAGACUGGAAAAAUAUAUCAGACCCAGAAAGUGGCAUAUCAUACUACAUUGUCGAGGUGUAUGAAUACCUGGGAUGUAACGGAAAUGGUAAUGAUACCAAUAAAGAACUAUUGAAAAGUAUCACAGUUUCAUCAGAGACACAAGUCAACUUCCGGAAAAUGAACUUAGCAUCAGAUCGAGUAUAUAUUCUGGGUAUAGAAGCAGUGAAUAAUGCCGGUUUGUCCAAGUUCGUAAAUGAAGUGCAUUUUCGUGUAGACGUCUCAAAACCAAUGGGAGGUACAGUGAAGAUAGCCGAUGAUUGGUCUAACGAAACAUCAUACCAGUCCUCGAAAAGCUCGAUAAAAGUAUGGAUAGCCAUUGCUCGUUCUGAGGAAUCUUUUAGCUGUCCGUCACAAGUACAAUUACUUCCCAAUGACGGAAAUGGCGUCUGGUGGCAUGAAGAUAGCAAAUGUGACAACCAUUGUGUUUACAUCGCAAAUAACAUACUUAGGUUAAAGAUAGGGUACAACAUCGCUCUUACAUCAAUUGACACCGGGGUCAUUACAAGUGACGAUGUAACAUUACGGAAAGGUGAAUACACGGCAGAGAUGAACGUUGCCAGAGGGAAUAACACAAUAACUUCAUUCUUUAUCGGUUCAUCACAGCGGGCGGUAUCCACCCAUUUGGAACCUCCUGUACCUGACGAUUUCUCUUCAGUGACAAUUGAGUACGAUACUGAAAUAAGUAAUAGAUCAGACACAACAACAUUAAACAAUGGAACUGUAGAAAAUGAGGAGACUGCUGAAUUGGUAGGUAACGCAGAAGAUAUCGACGUCAAUGGCUGUGGUGUUAGCAUCAUUGGAGAAAGGCAGGUAAACAGCCGGUCUUGGGAUGGAUUAUUUUGGUGUGUGGAUAUGUAUGGCCGGAAUAAACAAUGGUUCAAACUGGGAACUGAUCCAACAGAUCAAAUAAAUUCAUUUACUGUUAGAUUACUGAAUAGUCACGCGGGGACAUGGGAUCUCGAUCUUCUUAUCAAUGGCAAGCAAGAAGCUGUUUUGAGCGGAAUAACAUUACCUCAGCAGGCUAAACUUUACUUCCAUACUUCGACGAACAACGGAUACAGCUAUCCGAAAGAAUGGCACGAUCCUUUCCAUGCGUAUGUGACAGUAACGGAUGUAUACAUACCGACAGCGGUUGACUCAUUGUGUCAACAUGGACGAGGAUUCUUUGACAACGAAAGUAACAUUCAAAGUAUUCAACUAGGGAUAUCAGACGGACCCGAUAAGGCCGAUAAUAUCUUACCUUUCCAAAACGUUCAAACGUUUUGCCAAAAAUGUACCUCUCAGUGUUCUAUUGGAUGUGAUGAGCAAUGCUCGUUCAACACAGAUUUUGAAUUGUUUUCAUUUCACGUGUCGAACUUGAAUUUACAAGAGGCUGUCAUUGAGAACAUUGAAGACGAUGUUAUAGUAAAAAACGACACAACUUAUUAUGCCAUUGCUAAGGUUACUAAUUUCGCUGGAGAUGAAAGUAUUUCAUAUUCAAAUGGCAUCGUUGUGGAUACAACCCCUCCAGUAUGCGAACCAGUGAAAUGCGUAGACCCCGCCUAUAGCAGCACGGAGGAGACAAACUUUAUUGGCACCCAUCAACAAAUAGGCGCGUAUUGGUCUUGUAUAGAAGAUAUUAGUGAGCUCAAAGAAACAGUAAUAAGUGUCAUCUCUCUUGAUGAUGGUCUGGAUGUUCAUCAAGAGGAGAACAUUGGCUUGGAGUCAUCAUUCAACAUUGUGUUAAAGAAUGGAACCUUAUUCCAAGACAAAAAACAAUACAGAUUUAACUUGAGGAUAUCUAAUACUGCUGGACUUUCAUCUUCAUACUUCUGUGAUGUAACUGCCUUAUUCUCGCCUCCGGCUAUAGAUCAUCUCCAAGUAACAACGUUCUUUACUGCUGUAGCGGACAACGCCAGCUCUGUAGAAUUCAUAGAACAAAAUGACAGAUUAGGAGUGUCCUGGAUCAAUGACGAUGACGGUGUGGAGUUUUACGAAAUGAAAGUAGGUUCAGAGCCAGGAAAAGGCGACAUCAUCCCCCUUGCCAUCAUCGGCGUGAACAAAUCAUCUAGUUUUUACAUUCUUAACGAUGAAAUCUGGAUCGACGGCGUCCGAGCACCGUGGAAUGUAUCUGAUCUGGCUGAGUCUUCGACAGAUAACCUGUACAAUACGAGUGAUAAUGCUCCGAUGUUUCUGAUGGAACCAGGGCGAUGUAUUUACAUUACAAUACUGGCACGUGGACCAUCACGCUUAGCCAGUACUGUACACAAGGCGCCGCUAUGUAUUGCAAGAAGUGUUGACGCCAAGAUGAAGUCAACAACACAAACACACAUCGUGGUGCAUGCAGUCCAAAACGCUAUGACAACAGUGCAAGAAAAAACUGACGACCUAUCGGAUGUGGUUCUAAACUUCACAGGAUUCUCCGGGGACGCCAUUGUUGGCUGGUUAUCUGCUUCUGAUAUGACGACAAGUUAUGGGUCUGCAGCAUCCGCAACAUUUUUGUCUUACAUCACAAACCCCAACAUCACCACAGAAAUGACGUCACGGAUACUAAAACAUAGAAUUCUGCGUUUCCUUGACCAAACAUUUUUCAUAUCACCCGCACCAUCUUAUGAGUUCUUGGAAAUAGAUGUUAAGGUCGCAUUUAAUUUAACACUCGACCAAGGCAUUAUACCAGUGUUGGCUGUGUGGAUAACGGACGAGAACGGAACUGGUCAUUGGGAUGUGCUAGAUCAGACAUGUACAUCUGGAGACUAUGAAAUACCUGACGAUGGUUAUAUCAUUUUCAAG